AUGGGAGAUAUAGUUACAUCUAUAAGAAAGUUGGAAUCUCGUGGUAAACUCCCUUCUCAAACCGAAAAGAACCCAAAUGUCAAUGUGGUGACCUUGAGAAGUGGCAAGCAAGCCGGAGAAAGUAGUUCAAAGAAGAAGCCAAGGGAAGAAGAGGAAGAGAUAGAAGUUAUUCCCGUUGAAGUACCUAUAAUCAAGAAUGAUGCACAAGCCGGAGUUCCAAAGAAGGCUGCCCCUCUAGUAACACCAAUAGCCACUCAACCACCGUUCCCCUCCCGACUUUCAACUUCAAAGAAGAAUAUGGAGGAGAAAGAGAUUUUGGACACCUUCCGAAAGGUGGAAGUAAACAUCCCUCUACUUGACGCAAUCAAGCAAAUCCCGAGAUAUGCAAAGAAACUUCCACCCAAAUGCAAAGAUCCCGGAAUGUUCACGGUUCCUUGCAAGAUUGGGGAUGUCACUUUUAGUAGUGCUAUGCUUGAUCUUGGUGCUUCUAUCAAUGUCAUGCCCUAUUCGGUAUAUGAAUCAUUAAAUGUCGGACCCUUAAGUGAAACCGGUGUCAUAAUCUCUCUUGCGGAUAAAUCGAGUGUCUUUCCUAGAGGUGUUUUAGAAGAUGUCCUAGUGCAAGUGAACCAAUUAGUCUUCCCGGCGGAUUUCUAUGUGAUUGAUCUAGAUGAGCAAGUGUCCUCCAAAUCGGCUCUAAUCUUGCUUGGGAGACCGUUUUUGAAGACGGCUAGGACAAAGAUCGAUGUGUAUGCGGGAAGUUUGACAAUGGAGUUUGAUGGCGAAACAAUAAAAUUGUUUGAGUUGUCUAACGGUGAUAUGUUGGAAAUGAUCUUGAGCAAAGGAUUCGAUUGUGGGAAGCUAGCCGAACAAUUAAAGCUUUAUUCUUUGGAUCCGGAAGUUGAGAAGUUGGUAAGUAAAAUGGAGAUGAAAAAAUUCACAAGAUUAGAUGUCAAGCAAAUUGAAUUGCCCCCAACUCACACAAAAUUGCCGCCAUCCCUUGUUCAACCACCCGAAUUGGAAUUGAAGGUCUUACCUCAACAUUUGAAGUAUGCUUACUUGGGAAAGAAUGAAACCCUUCCGGUUAUCAUUUCAACUCAUUUAACCGAAUUCGAAGAAGAGCAACUCCUCAAGGUGUUGAAGGAGCAUAAAGAAGCCAUGGGUUGGACGAUUGCGGAUAUCAAGGGUUUGAGCCCCUCCACUUGCAUGCACAAGAUCUUAAUGGAGGAUGAAUGCAAGCCAAGUAGAGACGCGCAAAGAAGGUUAAAUCCGCCAAUGAUGGAAGUUGUGAAGAAAGAGAUAUUAAAGCUUCUUGAUGCGGGGAUGAUCUAUCCAAUCUCGGAUAGCAAGUGGGUGAGCCCGGUGCAAGUCGUUCCAAAGAAGACGGGAAUCACGGUGGUCGAGAACAACAAAGGUUUUUAUGGAUGA